GGGGUGGCAUGCCCCCAGAACCCCCUAGUUUGCGCCGCACUGCUAUUUGGUCAUUAUCCAUUGAUUUGGUUUAUGUUUCACCCAACCUUUUGGCCUAAGCUGAUUGUCAGUCUCUAAGACAUGAAGUCUCAUUGCAGCACAUUUAUUUUUGUACUUUAGAUUAUCCGAAAAUGACGCUUUAUUAUCAUAAUUCAAUUUGACCCACAUUUUCCAAGUUUGACCCACUUUUUUGAUUGAACUGGGUCAUGUGACCCACAAAAUGUUGAGGCUACCGCCAGUACUGUUACAUGAUGACACCAGAUUUAUUUUCAGACUCUGAAGAGGAGGAAAGAUUAAAACCAGCUGACAUAGAUGUACAACCAGAAAGGAGUGAAUCGAUAGGGACUACAAUGGAACCAGACCCAGAGAAACUCCAUUAUAAAAUUUUAUUUUCAGGGCAAGAUGAGAGCCAAAGUAACUCUCCAGGGCCAAAUGAGAUACCCCCUACAGCACUACAAUUAGUUGUACCAGACACUCCUUCGCCAUCAUCACGUAGUGUACGCUUUGAUCUCGGUUACCAACCGAUUAUACCAGAUUCACUGGAAGAAGAUCAAUUCUCCACAGCCCCAUCUAGCCCAGUAGAUGAAAUUGCAGACGUGAUAGAAGAAGUCUUAAACAAACAAGAAGCAGAGGAGAACUGCUUAUCACAAGAAUGGGAGAUUACAAAUGAGGAUACAAAGAUGACAUGGU